CGUGAACACAAAUUAAACUUCAAGAAGAGUAAGGAAGUGUGUUUAAGUUACAUUCAGGAUGCCAUGCUACAAAAGCAGUGGAAAAGGGCUGCAGAGUUUCUGACCUUCUAUGUUGAGUCACUAGAGAAAGACUAUUCUACGCAAUACAUGGGUCCAUCAGAGAUGAUUUGGAGAAUAGGAACGGAAAUUCUGUGCCAUCAUUCCCAUAGCAGCAUGAAAGAGUUCAACUCUUUCAUAGAACAGAUGAAAACUUUAGGAGUAAAAAGGUAUUUGAAGGUUUGUUUAGAGCACACUUUUCAUCUCCUUUGUAACGGACUAAUAGAUGAAGCUUACCAAAACCUGUCCCUGGCAGAAAGCUGGAGGUUUGGAGAACAAACAGUGAUUCAGGAUAAAGAAAUGAAACUGAUUCAGGCUUACAAGGGACUGUUGGACUACUAUAGCUGGUCUAAGCAGAAAAAUAUCCUGUUGGAGCAUGAUCAGGAUGGAUUUGAAGACUUGUCAGUUGAACAGGAAAUGCACAGUUGCUUUCGGAAGGCAGCAGUGAACUUAAAGGAGAUUAUUAAAAUACCUGGAGUCUGGGAUCUCUUCGUGAAAUGCUAUGUGGAUUUGUUGGAGUUCUAUGGAGACCAUGAUGAAGCUCGCCAAGUAUUAAAUGAAUAUGCCUACAACUCAAAGUUUCCUGCUAAUCCCAAUGCUCAUGUUUACCUCUAUCACUUCCUGAAGAGACAUGGUGAAUCAAAGAAAUCGCUCAUAUCUGCACUGAAGAUCUUGCAUGAUAUUGUUCCUUCUCAUGAACUAAUGAUAGAUUUUAAUACCAUGCUUCAAAAAUCAAGGAAAAGAAAAAAACGUCGACUGGGGCUAGAAGUUAUUUUUGCAGGAUUGGAUUAUGCUGGCUGGAAGGAAAAUGUAAAAGCAUGGAGCUGUUUGGCAAGGCAGGUGAAACAAAUCGUAAUCUCUGAGAAGCAUCUUGAUUGGAUCAAGCAAGAGUGGAGCUCCAGAAAGGACUGGUGGCCAGCCUUCCAUUUUAGCCGUUACUUGGCAAAAAGGAAUUGGCAGGAAAACGAAAGCCUUUCACAUGAAAAAGCUCUGGUGGCUGGAAUCUUGCUGGGAAAGGAUUGCAAGUACUUUAAAUAUGUAUCACACCAAGGCUGCAAAGCUCAGGUGAAAAGGUUUCGGAUACUGAAGAAAUUUGUCAAUAAGCACAAUCCUGUCUACCUGAGAAUAUGUGGUCUUCCAGACUCCUCUGUACAACCUUGAUUAGAAGGCAUCCUUAAGGUUCUUGCUGUAUUUUUUUCCUCUCUGUGAAGCUGACUUCUGUAUUGGUGCUAUUCUAAAACUUCUAGGCAGACUCUAUGGACUCAGUACUAGACUUUUUCGUAUAUUUUUGUAAAAAUGCUUUGGUUUGUAUUUUUUUAUAAUAAAAUGAAUAAAAUC